AUGAAUAAUGAUCAGUUCAAGAACUCUCAACAAGCUCAAGGAAAGGAUAAGGAUAAUGAGGAGUUCAACGAAAGUCAAUAUCUGACUUUUUUAAGGAGUUUAAUCGAUGAAACACUUAUAUCUCAUAUUAAUAACAUCACCCAAUCACAAGGUCAAAAUGACCUAUCAUUCCAAGAAGCUUCGACGCCUAAAAGGCCGGCUCCUUUACUUAGCUCUGCCAGUACGGAUCCAUUCAAUGACGGUUUGGAUGAGGAUGUGAUAAAAUUAGUGGGACAUCAACAAGGUCACACGGACGGUGCAAUUGAUGUUGGCAAUCAAAUCGCAGACGAUUCAGCUCCAGCUCCUCGGGAUUAUGCGGGCGAUGGAGAUGAUGGUGAUUCUUCUGAGAGCGAGAAAGAUGAAAGCGUUAUUGGUAAACUACAUGAAUUUGGUGAUUAUCGCACAUAUUUUGAAUCCAAACGAAUGAAGCAACAAGUACAGGAUGAAGCGUAUGUGAAGUGGGACCGAGAGAGAAGGAAGCUUCAAAAUCAAAAUCUACAACCGCUGCUUAUUUUUGCUGGCUGUACGAUUUUUGUUAAUGGACACACGAAACCUUCGAUUAAUGAAAUACAUAGAUUGGUUAUUCUCCAUGGUGGUAAAUUUCUAAGUUAUUUACUGAACAAAUCUAGUGCCACCCACAUAGUUUGUGACCGUUUAACUCCAAGAAAGAAUGUGAUGUUCAAAAAUUGUCGAGUGGUGAAAGCGCAGUGGAUCGUUGAUUGUGUUGAGGCAGGUCGUAUUUUGGAUUGGCAGCAGUAUCGCCUGAUUUUAGAUAUAGCUUUUGAUCAAAAGCGUCUAGAUUUUCAACCGGGACAGUCUAAGGAGACUGGCGCAAAUGUGGAAGAACAAAGUGUUCCCAAAGAAACGUCGCCACCGGUUGACGAGGCGGAGGAUGAAGCCGAGUUAGAAGGAAUGGGGGAAGAGGACGAUUUUGAGUCCACUUUGUUGCCAGAGGAAGAAAACUUGUUGCAAAGGCUGCAACAUGCUGAGGCGAACGCUGCAGAGCAGGGCCUUAUAGAAGAAAACAUAGACGACGACAUUCCAAAGUUUGAUGUUGCUCCUCCAUCCAACUCCACCAAGGGUGUACACAAAAUUAAAGGAAAAUAUGUGUUGGAUGCAAGACAUCCUGAUUUUUUGGCUGGAUUUUUUGCAAAUUCAAGGUUGCAUCAUUUGAGUAUGUGGAAAGCUGAUUUGAGGUUAAAAUUUUUGAGAAAAAUCAUCAAGAAAAAUCUUCAUAAACCUGUUGAAGACCCCUUUCGCGAAGGGGCCUUUAAGUCUAAAGUAAUAAUGCAUAUAGACUUUGAUUGUUUCUUUGCUACAGCGUCAUGUCUAAAACACCCAAACUUGGAUAUCAAUAAGGAUCCAAUAGCUGUUGGGCAUGGAGGAAACACUUCAGAUGUUGCGAGUUGUAAUUAUGUUGCGAGAAAGUUCGGAGUUAGGAAUGGGAUGUGGUUGAGACUGGCUCAAAAAUUGUGUCCCAACUUGAUUUCGUUGGACUAUGAAUUUGAAGCAUACGAGAGAUAUUCAAGUGAGUUUUACAACUACCUAGUCAGUAGUAACUAUUUUGACUCCAUUUAUCCGGUUUCAAUUGACGAGGUUUUAGUUGACGCAACAUCAUAUUGCAACAAGUCAGAAAAUGGAGUCGAGAAUGCCGCCAAUGAGCUUGCCUCUUUGAUCAGAAAGCAUGUGUACCAACUCACAAAUUGUGCUGUUAGUGUUGGAUUGGGCCCCAAUGUCUUGCUUGCAAAAUUGGCAUUGAGAAAAGCCAAACCCCAUGGACAGUUUGCAUUAUUUGGUGAUGCCGGCGACUUCUUGCGAUCAGUGCCGGUGAAAGACUUGCCUGGAUUUGGCAGUGGCAUAUUGGAAAAAUUAGAGCCUGAAGUUGGAAAGUCCUCCCCAAAUAUUGAGGACAUGAUGCCGAUAUCCAAUUCGAGAUUGAUCCAGCUAUUAGGUGAAAAGACUGGUACUAAAUUGUACCAAUAUGCACGAGGAAUUGACCAUACAAGUAUUGAAAUUGACACUGCCGCCCCUGAAAUCGUUUUAGGAAGGAAAUCCAUUUCUGUUGAUGUCAAUUUUGGUAUUCGAUUUGAUACCAUGGAGGAACUAGACGACUUUUUCAUGAGACUAGCAAGAGAAUUGUAUCAGCGUAUGAUUAAUUUAGGUGUGUGUGGCUCUACAUUGACUUUGAAACUAGCAAAAAGAAGAGCUGGCGCAAGUGUUGUAACCGCCAAGUUUUUAGGUUUGGGAGAGGUUGAUUUUGUCAAUAAAUCCUCAAGGCUUGGAGUGCCCACUAAUGACUGGGGUGUCAUUGGAAGUGAAGUAAAAGUAUUAUACAGGAUGCUCAAUAUACCAGUCAAGGAUUUGCGAGGCAUAUCUGUAAGCAUGACCAAGUUGAAAGAUGCAGAAUCAGUCAAGAGUUCAAAACAAAUGAAAUUACCAUUUGGCGCCGUCGGUAAAGCUCCUCCGGCAAACGAAGAUUUGGACCCGUUUCGUAGCCCCAAAGAGGUGCAUAGUUCGACAAAGAGAAGCAGCUUCAACAAGGGUAGUGUGAGCUUCGCAAAAUUAUCGUCCAAUCAGCGUCGUGACAAGACUCCAUCCGCAGCUCUUUUGGAUCCUUUUGCAAAUGGACAACAAAUUGACUGGGAGGUAUUCGAGUCUUUGCCGUUGGAGAUUCGUCGUGAAUUGCAAAACGAGUUACAAAGAAGGGGCUUUUUGAAAAAGAAAAGCCCAUUCAAAGGCAAAACAUACCUACAGGAGCUAAUACCAACUCAAAGUGGUACUGCAAAAUAUGUGCGAGUUGGCAAGUCACCAACUAAAACACCGCCAAAGAGAAAAUCUACCCCUAUCCCUUCUCCUGUGAAAAAAUCUAAAUCAGAGCCUCUUUAUGAUGACUCACAGUCAUAUGACUCCUCGUUGUUGAAUCAAUUGCCGUCAUCAGUAAAGGCGGAUGUGCUAAAGGACAUGGAGUACAAACAGAAGAUUAAAAAGUUUGAUCUAGUGCCUAUGCGCGAUAAGGUGAAUCGAAAGAUUGAGGGGGCAAAAGUAGAGAUCAAAGAAAUCACUGCUCAGUGGGUACAACAGCAGCCCAAGUUGUUUGACAUGCCUUUGUUUUUGAAUGAGCAGGUGACUGCCUCUGAGUUGCGGCAAAAAGUCAAAGAUUGGGUCAAUACUUCAUUGGAUCAAGGCGGGCCCCAUGAGGAUGACGUACUUUAUUUUGGGACUUAUUUGCAACUAUUGCUCGACAGGGGUUUGUUUACCAAGGCUGUGAUGUUGGUGCGAGAUAUCCUUGGUAUACUAAUGUACCGCAAGACUGUUUUCAAUUGUUUUGAUGAAGAUGAUGAUGACAACCAACAUAUGUUUCUCAGGAUAGGCUUUGAUGACUGGUAUAAACAAAUUGAUGCUGUCUUGAAGCCUGUCGUGGCGAAUUAUUGCAAGGUGAAAAACAUGGUAUUGAAAUGGUGA